ACAAACCACCCGAAUGACAAAAAGAAACAGAAACAAGAACUUCCUCAUGCACAGAAUCUUCUCUCUUAUCUCACCAUUUCUGACCUCUAGCUAUGGAAACCAUUCUCUCCCCUCCUUCUCUUUGUCCUCUCUUCAACCCCAAAACAGCUUCCCUUUCAAAGCCUUUUCUUCCUCUUUCUCACUUACCUAGAUCAAGUUCAAUCAGUUCAGCUAAGCCAAUAUGCUGCAGCCUUAAAAAACAGGCUUCCAAGAUUGACAAAGACUCAUCUUUUUCAAUACCCAAAAGUUGGUUUUCCCAUGUCCAGCAAGGAUUAGCUGCUGUAGCUAUUUCUUUAGCCCUCAAUUUUUGUCCAGUUGUGUCAUCUGGUUCUGCAUUGGCUUCUGAAUUUGAUGUAUUAAAUGAAGGUCCUCCAAAGGAUUCCUAUGUGGUUGAUGAUGCUGGUGUACUUAGUAGGGUGACAAAGUCUGAUUUGAAGGCAUUGUUGUCUGAUGUGGAGAAGAGAAAAGGCUUCCACAUUAAUUUCAUCACUGUCCGCAAACUCACUAGCAAAGCUGAUGCUUUUGAGUACGCUGACACUGUUCUGGAGAAGUGGUAUCCAAGUGUUGAACAAGGAAAUGACAAGGGUAUAGUUGUGCUCGUUACAAGUCAAAAGGAAGGAGCGAUAACUGGUGGUCCUGAAUUUGUAAAGGCUGUUGGAGACACUGUUCUUGAUGCUGCCGUCUCAGAGAACCUUCCAGUCUUGGCUACUGAAGAGAAGUACAAUGAAGCCAUUUACAGCACUGCCAAACGUCUUGUUGCGGCCAUUGAUGGCCUUCCUGAUCCUGGUGGUCCCCAGCUCAAGGAUAACAAAAGAGAGUCCAACUUCAAAUCCAGAGAGGAAACAGACGAGAAAAGAGGACAAUUCACACUUGUCGUUGGUGGCUUGUUAGUGAUUGCUUUUGUUGUUCCCAUGGCUCAAUACUAUGCAUAUGUUUCAAAGAAGUGAACUGUCUGAUUCUGGAAGGUUUCAUUUUGACUUGAGUAAGCAUGUAUAUUAUCUUGUACAAAUGGUCUAUUUUGAAAUGACUGAUUCAUGAGAAAUUUUAAAAAGGAUAAAAAUGAAAAUUUUGGA